GUCAAACACACACAGCAUGCAGAUAUCGUCAACGAGUCUCUUGCUCAACUUUCUGAGAAGACUUCACCAGCACUCGUCCGACUUGACACAACAAUUGGCACUCUUCGCAAUCGGUCAUUGCAGUGGGUCAUCAAUGGGUAUCACGCCAUAAACAAGCCUGAGCUUGUGAAGCAGGUGUUUUUCAUGUGUAAAGCUGGGAAGGACUUCAAUCUCUCAUUUGAAAGUCUUGCGAGUCACGAGGCACUACAAUAUCUGUGGGAGGUCCAACAGAAUGAUAAAGCUGGGUGGAUCAGAAUCACAACUGCUCAGUAUGAGACCAGUGUCAAAGCUGCUGAUGAGCUUGAGGUCACAGGAGACAUGGAUGCACUUAGCACUGAACCUCCUUUUGACAGUGUCAACAAGCAAGACAUUGAUGCCAGUGAUGUACCCAUGGAGGUGCUUAUUGAUCACCUUGCAUUGGGGGGCAUGCAUGCUGUGGAUGGUGGUCUGUCCUCUAUGAACCACUCGGAAAUCUAUAAUGUCAGUGAAGAUAGUACUGAUCUAGGUAUAGAGGGCAGUGUUAGGAAUGCUGAACAGGGGCGUGGAAAGCGUAGACGGAUCGCAAACAAGAUGUACAAUGACUUCUGGACCCAUUAG